AUUCUAUCAUCCAUGGUUUGCGCUACUACAAUCUCUGGCUUGGAUGCUUCUUUUAUGACCACGAUUUUGCACGUGUCUGCUCAAUUUAGACUAAUCAAUACCUGGAUCAGUAAUAUGGGAAUUGAAAUAAAUUGUAACCCAAAUUACACGCGAAAGGUGAAGAUGGAACUAAUGAGAUGCAUUCGCCAUCAUCAACGAAUGAUACAAAUCAUACCGAUUCCUGUCCAAUUUGUGUCUUUGACAAUACUACUACUUUUAUGCAGUGUGGUGAACGAAGUGAAUAAUUUGUUAACACCCAUCAUUUUCAUGCAAAUUCUUACGAGCGGGAUAGAAAUUUGUUUGAGUGGAUAUGCAAUGCUAGAUAGCGGGACAGCAAAAGCCGAUCUAGUGAAAUUUAUAUCUUAUUUCAUUUCCAUGGGGAUACAGCUCUUAUUGUGGUGUUGGCCUGGUGAAGUUCUCGUUCGAGAAAGCCAAGACAUAGGGCAUGUAGUUUAUCUCAAUGUACCGUGGUACGAUUUACCGCCAAUUUAUCAGCAACAUCUUUGCCUUAUGAUUAUUAGGGCACAACAAUAUUGCAGUAUUUCAGCAUUAACUUUCCAAACAUUGUCUAUCCAUACAUUGACAGCUGUAUUCAACACAGCUGCCUCGUAUUUUACUUUAUUACGACAAAUGCAAGAAAAGUAAACUUCAAAGAGAUGAGGAAGGCAAUCUAUGAUUUUGCUCAUAUUAAAAACAAUUCCCUUAUAAAACAGUUGGAUGUACAUCCAUAAACGCGUAGGAUCUUCGU